GAUUCUGGGGCGGUGCAGGGCCGUGCGGCAGCGGGAGCACGCUCGCCUUUCCUGGGCGAGCGGGCGGUUGUAGGUGCCACCGCGGCUGGGCACCCUGUCACGUAGGGUUCGCUCACAAUCAUUCUCCAGAGUCCGCCUGGAGCCCGCCCAGGCAGCUGCGCCCUCCCACUCUCGGGCACCCUGGAGGCAGAGCCGAGAUGUUGCGGGUCGGGCUCCCGAGGUGGAGUUGACCUGGGGCUGAGAAGAGCCUGACCGAGCACGAAGCCCUUCCCUGCCGGUGGGGCCCUUAGAUUCCUGCCCGCCGAUUUCCAGCCGUCAGGGUCACUCUACUCGCUGGAAGCCCUGUACUCCGUGCCCCCUAAGCCCCGGGCCCCCUGCGGGAAUGUUCAAAAAUGAGUACCAGGGAGGUGCAUUUGUUGAAAUCUUUAGUGCUCAGGGAAAAAAUCCUGGAGCAAAAUGGAAGAUUCUUGGCAGUCCAUCGGUGAUUUGGAAAGAGUUUGAUAAAGAAGUUAAAAGUUUUGUGUUUGUCCUGGAAGGCAGCAGCCAAACAAACAAAAUUCAGUUACCAAAGGAGAAUAAACAAAUCCUUGGACUGAUCCAGAGGUUUCUUGUACUUCAGAUUUACGUACCCCUGGGACAAGACUUCUCCACUGAAUUGCUAAUUACUGAUUUAAGGAACAUCAAAAGAAGAUUGUACUUAUCAACGGUCCAUAAAGAGCUGUCCUCAACCCCUCUUCAUGCAAAAAUCCCACUUUUCAUGAUCAAGCGCAAAAUUUGGUGCAAUCUAUGCAUUGACUUGGUGGCAUUUACCAGUGAAAUAUUCAAGGGAGCAGUUUUCCAGUCAUUGGAUGGAAUUAUUGUCUCAGCUAACUGUAAACUACGGAAGAUCUUCACUUUAAAAUCUAAGCCUCAAGAUACUGCAGAUAAAGAUGCUGGAUAUGGUGUUCCCUUUCCAACAGAUGAACCUGCAGAUAUUAUUCCACGAAGCUGCCAACUUACAACAGAUGUUCCACAAGUCACACAGCUGUUAAACAUGACUAAAUUCCGCCAAACUGAAAUAAAAUUUGGAAGUCAUCCUCUAAGGUCAGCAGAAUCAGAUCAGUUCAUUAACAGAGGAACAGGUAGUGUGCGGAACAGUAAAAUUCAAGAUGUUUGUCAUAUCGCCUUUGGAUCCAAAGUUCUUGGACCACCUCCACUCUCUGGCAGAAGAAAUAACAUGAGGCUAUCCAGUGAGACAAUGAGAUCCAUUGGGUCCAAAAAUAACCGAUCGUGCCAGCUGUCCACAGGAGAGAAGUGUGUUAACAGUGUGGAAAUGUCAACCUUGCUGAUAUCUGAGACUGAGGAGCAAAGAGAUAAAGAAAAUAUUUGCCAAACAAAGCAGACUGUACCUAUUCAUGCCAAUCUGCAUAUUAUGCAUCCGCAUCCCCCUCAAGAACCAUCAGCAGAUAAGAAUAAUAACAGGAGAAGAUUACGGUUAAAAAGCACCAGCAGAGAAAGGACAGAGACACUCAGCGGCAGUUCUUCAGGAAAUAACAGGAAUGAAGAUAAAGCAACAAGUGCCCUCACCACUGUGUCCCAUCAAAGAACAGAGACAUCGAACCCCAGCAUUCCAGAACCCCAGUCUUCUGAUCAAGCAGAUGAAUGGAUAUUUCCCCAUUCAGUGGCCAGCAGACAGUCUCUACUUCUGGAUGAUGACUCCUGCCACACUUCACACCUGUGGCUAGAAGCCAGCAAGGAAAGUGAACAUGACCAGCAGGCAGAGGAAACUCAGAUUGUUCCAAAGGAUAUUUUCACUUUUUCAUCAAGACCACGAUCAGCACCCCAUGGAAAGACUCAGACUAUGUCCCCAGAGGGGUGCCCAUUUACUUCAGAUCUAAAAGAGGAUACCAGUGUGACCCAAUUGGAGGAUGAUUUUUAUGGCGGUGACAGCAGCGAAGAGGCAUAUACUUAUUACCAACUACAUAAAAUUUACAAUGAAUUCAUCAUGCAUUACCCAAGCUCUAACUGGCAUAGCUAUCUGGUCACUCCUGUGCCAUGACCAUCAGAAUGACCAGUAGCAUAUGGCUAGAGUCUGCAGUGGGAUCAUCUCAUUGCUAACACCUGCCCUGGCCUACUUUUAUUUAGAGCCCACUAAGAAUGGCAGCCAAAGAGUGUGACAGAAGCCUCACCAUAUUAUGCAGCUUUGGAGUUUGCUGUUAGAGGCAAUAACAAGAUACAAAUAAAAUGCAAAAAUAUGACCAACAAAAAUGCUGGGCUGUAUUUAAACAAGCCCUAGAAUUUAUAACGUUCACUUCUUUAUCAAAUUGGUGUGUUUGGGGAUUUUUUUGUAAAUUUUUUUCCUAUAGGAUUACUUCUCCUGUUUAUUAAUUAUAUAAGUCAAUGGGAAAUUGGAUUACAAAUUUAAAUAAAAUGUUUAUUCACAUAUAGUCUUUGAAGGAAAACAAGUUAGUUAAAGCAUCCUUACUAUUCGUUACAUUAUUUUAGAAUGUUAUAUCCUUAGAGCAACAUAAUUAUCCUUAAGGAAAACAUAAUGUUAUGUUAUAAAUAAUGGUGCACGAAUGAAUGAUAAUUUCAUGACUUAUACUUGAAGUUUAUAACUUGUAGUUAAAAGACUUUAUUUGAUGUUAGACCAUUGAGUAUUUUUAAAGGGAAAUUAGAUGUAUUCAGUAGCAUAUAAACUAGGAAAAAUUAAAACAUGUUAUCAUGAUAGAGGAAAAGCACACUUAAUAGUAAAGGCUCAUUAAAAUAAGCUUUAAGUGAUAUAUUGUCUUUGUCAUAUAAGUUGCUAAUAAUUAAUUCACAUCUGAGAUCUUCAUUAGUGUGAGAGCCUCAAAAGUAUAAAAUUUUUUUGUAUGUGCUCUUGACUUAGUCUUUGCUUUGCUAUGUAUUUUAUUCCUUAGGCAGUCGUAUACACUAGUAUGCCUGAUAAUUAAUUUUGAAGUUGUACAUCUUAUUUAGAAAGCACAAUAUGCAAAUAUAUUUUGUGGAGAGCUAUAAAAUCAAGACUGCCAUGUAAAAUGCAUUAUCUUAGGAAAGCUAUCGAAACAGUGCAUUUCACACUGUUGCAGCAUCUGAAAGAAAAAAAAAAAAAGCAUGAUACUGUAUGGUUUCUGUUUCAUAUCUUAUGCCAUUAUAUUUAAUGUGGCUUCUAGUAUAUACAUCUGGUUUGCAACUUGAAAUAGUUAGCUUUAUAUUAAUAUUUUAUUACUCCUCUAAUUUAAUUUUCAUUUAGAAAUACUGUAAUUUUUUUUCCCCCAAGCUCUGGCUGUGUAUCAUAUACUGAAGCAGGUAUUUGCAAGGACAGGUUAUUUGUCUCGUAUAACAGUCCAAAUUGGAACAUUUGAGCCAAACGUUAUCCAUAUUUGGAUAUGAAUAAUGUGAAUUGACUACCUAUAAUUUUGAAAUUAGCUAGGAAGCUUCCAGAUCUUCUCUCCAUCUAACUCUUUGGAGGCUUAUAAUUACAAAAUUACAAACAACCGAUUAAAAGGACCGUUUUAAUCAUUCCUCUCAGCUUUUCUGGGUAUUGUUGCUUUCAAGAUAUCAGUAGUUAAGUUAUUUCAUUUUUUUCUUCCUGAUAGCAUAUAUUUCUGGGUUAUACUAUAAACCAUUCACCCCUACAUAUUUAACUAAUGAUUUUGUUUUACUUUCUCACACACACAUACAUACAAUAGAAAAGAUAUUUACAUGAAGCUGCUUAUAUUUCUAUGUAGCCUUUAAAAAAACUUUUAAAUGUCAAUUUAUGUGUUGGAAAAAAUAUAGAAGGACUUUAUUUUUAA